CCUUUUUUCAAUUGUUCCGUAUACUGACUUCAAAUCAAUUAAUCUGGAAUUUUACGAACUUUUACUAAGGCGUGUGUUUGAAAUGUAAAAAUUGCAAUAUAAGAAAAUAUUUGCUAGUGCUGAAAUAUGUAAAUUAUAUGUUGAUAAAAAAUUAUUGUUUACACGUUAAGACUAUCUUGAAAAGAUGGAUCGUAGUAAAUAUUGAAGUAGUUGGAUUUAGAAGUGACGUGUAGCAGUAGUGUCAGUGGCUGUAAACAGGGCAUUAAAGAAUUGAUUUUAAAACAUUGUUUAUCAGUAAAUCCCGGUGUUGAGUGGACCAGGGUUAUUUAUUUUGAAGCGGGGUAGAAGACCGCCAACCGUUCAACUCGACAAAAUUCUGCCGCUACAACAACAACAACACCGCCAACCGUUCCCACGACAGUCGGGUCUACGUAACCGGAACGGACCGGGAUUUAUUCCGGCCAAGGACUGUCAACUCUGCAGAAUUGUGCCGCUACAACAACAACAACAACCGCCAACCGUCACACCCCGUUCCCACGACAGCCCGGUCUACUGUGACUGUCAACUCGGCAGAAUUCUGCCGCUACAACAACAACAACAACCGCCAACGCAAAAAGGAGUUCUACGCGAGUGAACAGAACACACCAUGGUGUUGGACCGACCAGGAUUAUUGUUUUGAAGUCAAUGCAGAAAGGCAUUCUCCGCCAGAAACUAAUAACGUGUUAUUUAUUUACUGCCAUUGGGAUAUAUUGUGGCAAUUGAUGACAUUCUAUUAUGGGGAAACUACUUUCUAAAAUUUUUGGCAACAAGGAAAUGCGGAUUCUGAUGCUUGGCCUGGACGCGGCGGGGAAAACAACAAUUCUUUAUAAACUGAAGUUGGGGCAGUCCGUUACGACGAUUCCAACAGUAGGAUUUAACGUUGAGACUGUAACCUACAAAAAUGUUAAAUUCAAUGUGUGGGAUGUGGGUGGCCAAGAUAAAAUUCGACCUCUCUGGCGGCAUUACUAUACAGGCACACAGGGGUUGAUAUUUGUUGUUGAUUGCGCUGAUAGGGACCGGAUAGAUGAAGCACGAACGGAACUUCAUAGAAUAAUUAAUGAUAGAGAAAUGAGAGACGCCAUUAUUCUGAUAUUUGCAAAUAAGCAGGAUCUUGCAGACGCAAUGAAACCACAUGAAAUUCAAGAGAAACUAGGCUUAACUAGAAUAAGGGAUCGCAAUUGGUAUGUUCAACCUUCCUGUGCAACCACAGGAGAUGGGCUUUAUGAAGGUUUAACAUGGCUUACUUCCAAUCAUAAAUUAUGAAAUAUCUUAAACAUUAAUUAGAUAAUUCUAUAUAAGAUACACAUGCUUACCAUGCUUUUUAGCAAA